UUGAAAAUUAGAGUCCGUUUGAGGCCCCGAAGAGGCGUUGGAAGAGGUAGAUUGUUCUAACUGUUCUAGCGGCUGGAAACUUGUGUGCGGUGCGGAGAAGCCCUCGGAAGCUGAGGCGGCUGCUGCCGGACAGGGAGGAUGGCGCUUUCGAAUACGGUCUCCCAGAAGAAGUACAUAAAGCGGAAGGCUCCCCGCGGCUUUCUAAGGCGGGUCAUCAAGCGUCAUAAACCUCAUCUUCGUCUGGAUAAAGGUGGCGACUUACUGGUUCAUCUGAGUUGUUUAUUGUUUGUUCAUCGAUUAGCAGAAGAGUCCAGGACAAAUGCUUGUGAGAGUAAGUGUGGAGUCAUUAACAAGGAGCAUGUAAUGGCUGCAGCAAAGAUAAUUCUAAAGAAGAGCCGAGGUUAGAUAUCAAAGAACACGUUCUGGAAAAUAACAUGAUCCAUUAUUCUAGGUGGUAACAGUUCAUAAGAACAUUUUCUGCAUAUCAUGGAUUAUUAAAACAUUGGCUAGUUCAGGGAUAUGUGUUUUUUUUUUUUUUUUGUUUUACUGGUAUUGAAAUAUCUUAAGUAAAUAUGUAGGACUAUUUUUUCUUUUUUAAAGAAUUGUGUUUUUUUCACUUUUAGUGCCCUUUGUUUUGCUCUGUUUUGUUGCUAUUGCAAAUUUUUGCAUACCAAACAUGAAAUCUUAUAUUAACUAGCUUGGAGAGAUUUAUUUCUUAGAAAUAAGUUUGUAUGUAGUAGAUUUGCCCACAAUUAACUAUGGUAUUAAUUUAAUCUCUGAAGAAAAAACAUGCUGUCAAAUCUUGGUGUACUUUUAAGUAUUAUUCAUUUUAAUGCAAAACAAAGUAAUCAUUUUUAUCAUGCCAAUAGUAAUGAUAUGAUUUCUCAUCUGAAGGAUUGUAGACAUCAACUAGGUUUCUUCAAAACCUAUCUCCUUUCUAAAACUAAAAAAUAGAAAUUAUGGAGCAAACUAACAUAUUUUCUUUGAAUUAUAUGGAUUUAAUAGGUAGUUUUCUCCCUAAAAGGAAGCCUUGAGAAGUUUAUUGUAUAUCAUCUAAUAUUUUUUAUUAUUUUUAACUUUUUAUUUUAAAAUAAUUAUAGAUUGCAACAUGCAGUGUCAAACAUAGUACAGGGCUUGUAUUCUGUACCCAGUCUUGCCCAAUAAUUAUAUUAUUAUAGCAUAAUAUCAAAGCCAUGUGGAUUAAUGUAUUCAUUACUAUAGAACUGUUUUAUUACCACAGAGAUCUCCAUUGUACCAUCCUUUUAUCAUUACACCUAGCCCACCACAUCCCCCAUCCUGACCACUGACCCUGUCACCUGGCAACUGCAACCUGUUCUUCAUCUCUGUAAUAUUAUCAUUUUGGGAAUGUCAUAAAUGGAAUUAUACAAGGAAUGACAUUUGGGUAUUGUGUUUUUUUCUUAGUAUAAUGUCCUAAUCUGUUGAAGCUGCUGCAUGUAUCAGUAGUUUAUUCCUUUUUAUUACUAAGUAGUAUUCCAUGCUAUGGAUGUACCACAGUUUGUAUGAUUAUUCACUUAUUGAAGGGUAUUUUAGUUCUU